UGAACUGUAACUAAACCCUAACCUUUUGAACUGGUGAUUACGGGAAAUAAAAUUUGAAUUCAGUGCCCUAUUUGAUAUCCCAUUUUCACCUUCGGAUCAGGACAUGAGAAUGUGAUGGACAAACCUGGAUGAUGUGUGGGAAAGUAAUGAAAAAGGAUUCAGUGGCCCUAAUUCCUUCUUUUUUCUUCAAGUAUAGCCUUGAACUGGGUGGCAUUCUUAGUCAAUUGGGCGAUCGAGUUUGGCACACAUCAUGGCUUCAAGUUUAGUUUCCAAAUGUUCCUGUGUUGGCCGUUCAAUUUUGGGAGGUCUUGGCAGUAACCUUUCUGGUUUAAUGGGCACAUCAAAUCAAAUGACAAGCAGUAAUUAUAUGUGUCAGCAACUAAGGACAUUUAUACAAAUGAGGACUGUUCUCAAAGUUGUUGACAAUUCCGGUGCAAAGAAGGUGAUGUGCAUACAAGCUCUGAAGGGGAAGAAAGGAGCAAGAUUGGGGGACACAAUAAUUGCUUCAGUAAAAGAAGCCAUGCCAAAUGGGAAAGUGAAGAAAGGAAAGGUUGUAUAUGGUGUAGUUGUUCGAGCUGCCAUGCAGCGGGGCCGUUGUGAUGGGAGUGAGGUCAAGUUUGAUGACAAUGCUGUUGUUUUGGUUGAUAAGCAAGGUCAACCAAUUGGGACUAGAGUAUUUGGGCCAGUUCCACAUGAGCUAAGGAAGAAAAAGCAUGUCAAGAUCCUUACUCUGGCAGAGCAUAUUGCUUGAGGUCAGGAUUUCUUGCUAUGAAAAAUAUUUCCAAUUUAUGAUCUCUGCAGGGCCUGGGGACUUUGUUAGUGUAUUGUUGAGGGAGAGCUUUUAAGAUGAAAAACAAAUUGUUGAAUGCUUUAAUUAAAGAGUAGAAGUUGAUCAUA